CAACUGCCAGUUUUCGGCAGUACUUUCCUCACACUCUGACAGCGUGAGGAAAAUACAGCCGAGAACCGGCAAUUGCAUUUCCCGGUGAUCAGCGUGUCAUUGGACACGGCUGAUCACGUGGUAAAAGGCCGCUGUGAUUGGCAGCGAGGAUUGGCACCGAUCAUCAGGGCACUGAUGAUCAGUGCCCUGAUGAUCGGUGCUCAGCAGUGCCACCCGCAAGUUCCGCCCAGCAGUGCGCCCACUAACUCCGCCCACCUGUGCCCAGCAGAUCACCCACCUGUGCCCAGCAGUGCACCCACCUGUGCCCAGCAGUGCACCCACCUGUGCCACUCUGCAGUGUCACACACCUGUGCCCAGAAGUGACACCUACCUGUGCCCAGCAGUGCCACCUAACUGUGCCCACC